GAGCCAAAGGCAGCUAGCCGGGGGCUGUCGCCUGCACGGCAGCACCCCUGUGGAGCUCAGCUUGCCCAUCCAAGAGGGAUGGAGGGAACCGACCCGCCCCGCAGGGCCCGGCGGCCGGGACGCGUGUGCGGCGCGCACUGAGCGCGGCCCCCGCAGCGGCUGGGGCUAGGGUUGUGUCUCGGCCUCCCCCCGCCCCAGCUCCGCACCGAGCGUGCGCAGCGCCCCUGCCCCCAACACCCGGUCGCGGCCCCGCGUUCCGCGCAGAGGAGCGCUGAGCUCCGCAGCGCCUUCGCGGCAAUCGGGCAGUAGUCCCGACGGCAUGGACUGAGCUGCGGAGCACCAAGUCGCCCGGAGCGGCCAUGGAGCUGCGGAGAUCCAUCGCGGCCAGCGCGGAGGCCGAGAGACCGAUGAGACGCUACGGGGCAGUGGAAGAGACUGAGUGGAAGGCGGAGGCGCUGGGGAGAAGUGAACUGGACAUUAUUUCAAUGGCUGAAACAACAAUGAUGCCUGAUGAAAUUGAGCUGGAGAUGGCAAAGAUCCAGAGGCUUCGGGAAGUCUUAGUCAGAAGAGAAUCAGAGCUCAGGUUUAUGAUGGAUGACAUCCAGCUGUGCAAAGACAUUAUGAACCUUAAGAGCGAGCUGCAGAGCUUGGUAGCCAUCCCAGAAAAAGAAAAAACAAAGAUGGAGAAACAAAGAGAGGAUGAACUGAUUCAGAAGAUCCAUAGACUGGUACAAAAAAGAGAUUUUCUUGUAGAUGAUGCAGAGGUGGAGAGAUUACGAGAGAAAGAAGAGGACAAAGAGAUGGCUGAGUUCCUGCGCACCAAGUUAAAACCCUUAGACAAAGCAACACCAUCUCCUACCAGCAGCCCAGCAGAAAAGAAGGCAGAGCCUCCUCCAAGCAAGCCCACCAUUGCCAAAGCAGGAUUGGCUAUCAUUAAAGAUUGCUGUGGGGCCACACAAUGCAACAUCAUGUAGCUCUGGGCUCUCUGCCGCGUUUGUCUUCUCAGAUGUUUUCAGUGAAUGAAACUACGGUGAGGGGAACCAACAGCAUCCUGCUGAGAGAUUCAAGAGCGACUGAUCCAACAGUAGCAGAUGGAAUGUAGGAGGGCAGGGUCUUCACUGUUGCAUGGAUCACUUAACACGCAUGCCUAAAACCAAAAGAAAUCUAUUUAGUGCUGUCCAGUGACCAGAAAAGAUCUGAAGUAGAAUCAACAAAAACAUCCCAGUGACAAAGGUGAAAAGAGGGUCGAUUUCAUCUAGAGAGGUGGCAACCAGCAAUUUUAAUGGGCCAUUACUCUAAGAAUGUGCACUUCUCUUCCUUGCCAAGCAGCACUCCAGUUGCCGAAAUAGCCUCUUCUGGCCAGCUUUCAAAACAAGGAGCAGCGUUGUCUGUAGCACGACUGGUGGAUAGAGCAGCUUCAGGAUAACUGAUGUUGCACACAAAGUACUUUAACUGGCGUGAUGUUCAACUACCUUGUUGUGGAGUUUUGCUUCCAGUUCUUCCUAAAGAGGAUCAAUGACAAAGAUGCUGCAAGUAGAGAUAGGCCUUUCUUAUAUCCCACGUGAUUUCUGAAUUACCAAAGUCAAAUUAGUAUUGCUUGCACCAGGGAAAAGAAAUCUGUGGCAAAGCUUUAGCAAGCACAGCUACAGUAACCUGCAGAUAGACGGUGCAGUCUAAAGCUGUGUCAGUUCUCUUUUAGCUCUCCACCUUACGUGGAGUCUGAGAAACGCUCACCCAGGGCGUUUUGUCCGUUGUUAGAAGUUAUGUGCAGCAUGAGAAACGUAUCCUCGGUAGGUGGCUGGGAGGAGAGUGGAAGACAAACAAAAUGUAACUAAUAUUUAAGCAGUGCUCAAAACAACUACAUGACCUUAAGAAAUACAAACUGCUAGGCAUAAGAAGACACUAACCACCCAAGACAAACUGACGACUAGACAAAAGUAUGAGUACGUACAAACACACGAGUAGAUAUUUGUAGGGAGGUCACAUUCUACACAAAAAGGGUUUAAAAUGAAGGGAAAUGCAGAAUGCCUGUGCUUCACCACUAAACGUGUUUCUGGUCUCUAUGCAGAUUAAAACUUGUGGAAUCUACUGUCUUUAUAUUAGCUGUCAGUAGCUGGUUUGUCUGUGUGAUGGUAUUCCAUAUAAAUGUACUGUGACAGGUGUAAAUAGUAAAAUAAAUGUAUAUGGAUCUAAUGUGAAAAUCUCAGGCUUAGAAAUAAACAGAUGUGAGCUAUUCCCCAGAUAAAGCUGCUCAAGAGGGAAAUCCCAUUUUAAGAAGCUAGGUGAGGUGUGCACUUAAAGCCACCCUUAGAAAUCAAAAAACCAAGAGGUACCUGAAAGGGAUAAACAGUGACACUGCCUAGAAGUAUCUUGCUGAGGCUCAAGGAGAACCAUCUAAAGUAACUCAGGCUGUUCUCAUACAAGUGGACGCUCAUGCCGAGUGCUGGAGCGGUGCAGUGAAGAACGUUCACCUUUCCAGAACCCUUUGUUUCAGCAUUGCAGACCCGCUCGAGACAGAAUUUACAUCAAGUCCCCUAAGGUUUAAGGAUCAGAGAGUCAAAACCACAGGUGGUUUCUACCACGACAUGCAGCACUUAAGCGGCUUUGACCAAAGACACGGGCAAGAGGACCGAACGUAUCCAAAGGCUGAACAACCACUGACAGUUACUGCCUCCUUAGCGAUACCUACAGCGGCACAUUAAGCGCUGCAGCACCUGUGUACACUAGCAGGGGUAUGGGGAAAACUGCUUCUUUGGAAGAACACAGACUGGAGAGGAAGAAAUAGUCCCUGGCUUCUGCAAAAUUCAGCAGCCUCUGGAAGUGGCUAGUACCCAGUUGAGACCUGAGGGGGUUACCAGAAUCUUUGGACACAGGCAGAUAGUCAAUGCCAUUAACAAAAGCAGAUGGAAUUUAGCAGGGUGGAAAUCUGGUGAAGCACCAAAGUCUUAGAAGGAUCAGCUCCUGCAACCAAGUAGUGUGAGUGCUGGUAAGUACCAGGGUACUGAAAGGAGGACUUGGCAGUUUGUGUAAGGCAAGGAGUGAGGCUAUGCUGAUGACUGGGGCAAUGCCUGCAUGCUGCACACAGUCUGUAGUCUCUGGAGAAGAAAAAUCAGUAGAAUGUGGGUUUGUAUGAAAAACAUUCAUCAACAGGAAACACAGCAACACUCGAGCCCCCUCACUUAAUUAAAAUGAAGAGAAAAGGCAGGAGGUAUGAAUAUUUACUACUGAUACACAGUCCCUUUGAGGAUUCCAACUGCAGCAGUAGUAAUGAGAGUGAACUUCAGUUUCAGGAGUUCUGGCCUGCUCAGCUGGAAGGCUUUGGUUGUAGCCAGCAAACGCUUGAGCCUUGUUUUUAUUUGGGUGGGUUUGAGCAGCUUGCCUGCAGUGUAUGAGCAGUUCCUUUAGAAGGGGUGAGUGAUGCUGCUUAGCAAUAUAAAGUCCUGGAAGUUUGAGACUGUGAGGUCAGGUCUCAGCUGCCUUCUACAGUAGCUUAUAGUGCUGUCCAUCCAGAACACAGUGCCCUGAUGGCUCAUUUCAAGCAUAAUGGUUAUAAUUAAAACAAAUUAAACUUAGGAAGGAAUAAAGUAUGUAGAAAUCUUCAUCCUUGUUUUUAAAAAGCAGGGAGUAUUCCCAAGAACUUCCACGGUCUCGUGAACAUAGCACCUUGCACACUCCCCACGUGGAAAGCCAACAGGCAAUACCAGACCAGCCCCUUUAGGUGACUGCACCAAGUGAGUGGCAUCGUUUCAGAGAGGAGUGCUGAUAUCUCUCACUGUCUGCAAAGACUGAAACACCCAACAGACCUGGAAAUCCUGGCUGGCACUUGCAAAAGAAGGCAGGGCCUCUUAAAAAAAGUCCAUCUAUGGUGCAUUUAACAGUACUUCCUCUGUGAACUGGUAAACAUGGAAAGGAUCUUGGUCAAGUACUAAUUAUUGAUUCCACCAGCAAAAGGUUCGCCUCUAGGCCUCCUGAAUCUCUGCAAAGUUAAAUGUAUUGUCAAAUAAACUAAGCUGCUGUUAUAGUA